AUGGAUAAUUCAUGCUUAGCCCGAAUACAGGUGGAUCAACGUGGAAAUCAUCAGAUUGACUUCGAUGAAUUCUGUGUAGUUAUGAGGCGGUUAUACAUGAAAAAGCGGAGUUGGAAUGAAGUCGUCAAAGAAUGUUUUAGUGUCUUUGAUAGGAGAAAAUUCAAUGAGAUUCAGUCCGAAUCGAGUGUGAUCUCCAAAAAAGACUUUCAAUACAUACUACGAGAGUUGGGAGACAUUACAGACAAUCAGAUCAUCGACGAAAUUUUCCUUGAGGCAAGUGCUGAUGUUGAUGGAAAUGGUUUGAUAGAUUACGACGAAUUCACUUACAUGGUAAAAAACUACAUGACCGACGACGAUAUCAAUUAA